AUGGACCUCACGGGAGCCAAAACGUCGGGAACGACGGCGACAACACUGGCCCACGCCAUGUCGCCGGAGGCCUUAGCCGGGGCCUUGGACAUGCUCUCGAUUUACACCGAGCGCUACUGUGCGCCGGUGGUGCAGCAGUUUGUCGCAAAAGCGGGUCGUUUACUCCGUCACAUGAUGAGUGAAAGCCAGGUCACCGCCCAUACGGCCAGCUAUGUGGCCCGGUGGUUCGACUGGGCGCUCGAGUGCUUUCGCUUGGAUAUGGCAAACGACGUACGGGGCGACGCGGCAGUCCUCACGCAUUGGUUCUCGCACGAACACCUCCACACGAGCUCGCCGAUGCUCGUGUCCAUGGCCCGUUCGGCACAAGAUAGCCGCAUCCUCGAGCUCAUGGCCAGCCAAGCGAAACCGCAGCGCAGUCCCAAGACCAAAGAUGGCGUGGCCAAGGACGGCACCAAUCGGGUCAGCUCGUCGAUCAAGCAGCUGGUUCCCAAGCUCAACAAGAUGGAGCUCUGCUUGCGCUAUGUGUCCAACAAACGGUGUGAAGGCAAGCAGGCCUGCAAGAACCCAGGUCAAGGUCAGAAGCGGGCCCACUUUACGCCCAGUGAGCCGCUGGACCCCAGCGUAAUCGAGUACAUCAACGAGUCGCUGGGAGGUCUGCAGAAGCAAUUCAUCCAGCUCGACGCGUCGGCGUGA